AUGAGAGAGGAGGGGAGUGAAUUAGAAAUGGAAAAAGGCUUCCUUAAAUGGAAACCAGUCAACUUGAUGAAGAAAAUAUUGUCUUUACCAAUGAAAAAAACUAAAAACGAUAUAGGUUUGAGAUUAGAUAUAUCAUAUAUUUUAGUUAAUCUAAUAGUCUGCUCAUACCCGGUAAACACGUAUCCAAAACUGCUUUAUAGGAAUAGCUUGGAUGACUUAAUAUUGUUUCUAACAGUGUACCAUGGCAAGGGAAAUUUUAGAAUUUUUAAUUUUAGAGGUGAGAAAGAAGACAGCGAUUAUAAAGAUAAUGAUCUUAUUGGUAUCGCUGCCAAGUUUGAGAGCAAAGAUUUUGAAAUUCAAGAAUUACGUUCGACGCUGAUUAAUGAUGGAAAGAUACCAAUAUCACCCAUUGAUCUCGAAACAAGGACCUUGGUCGAAGAAGAAACCAAUAAUGUAAUUUGUGAAAGGAUCGGUUGGCUAGAUCAUUUUCCACCGCCAUUUGAACUGCUGGAAGAGAUUGUAGAUGGUAUAGAAAAUUACCUGUCCGUUUCGAAGAAUAGAGUGGCUGUUUUACAUUGUCGAAUGGGGAAAGGCCGAUCUGGUAUGAUAACAGUAGCAUACCUCAUGAAAUACUUGCAGUGUCCUCUUGGAGAAGCAAGAUUGAUAUUCAUGCAGGCUAGAUUCAAGUAUGGUAUGACGAAUGGCGUCACCAUACCCUCUCAAUUAAGAUACUUAAGGUACCAUGAGUUUUUUAUUACCCAUGAAAAAGCAGCCCAAGAAGGAAUUUCUAAUGAGGCGGUAAAAUUCAAAUUUAAAUUCAGGCUUGCUAAAAUGACGUUCCUCCGCCCAUCAAGCUUAAUCACUUCCGAGUCUGCUAUUGUAACUACUAAGAUUCAACACUACAACGAUGAUAGAAAUGCCCUCCUAACCCGAAAAGUAGUAUAUUCAGAUAUCAUGGCGCAUGAAUGCGGUGGUAAUAUGACCUUCAUUUUUGGUAGGGACUACUUAACACUGGAAAAUGAUUGUCGUAUAGAAUUUACCCUGGGGACCAGCAAGUCCAAAGCCGCCAGUAGCAUAAUAUCUUGGACUUCAUGCGCCAGCUGUUGGCUGAAUAUAUACCUUGAGACUUUGAUGCACAUAAUUAAAGACGAUUCUUCGCCAGAUUACUUUCAAGUAGAGAGGUUAAAGAGAGACGAAAUGCUUGGGACAACCAUAAGCUGGCAAGAGCUGGACGGUUUUGGGGAGCUCAGCACUCACGGCUUGAAAUUAUUUCAGGCACUGAAAUUGGAAUGGGAAAUUAUAUAG